AUGCGAAUGCUCGCAUAUGGAGCAUCCGUUGACUCCGUUGACGACUACGUUCGGAUUGGUAAAAGUACGUCGCUUGAGAGCGUGAAGAGGUUUGUCCGAUCGAUUAUCAACAUCUUUGGAGAGGAACACCUUCGUGCACCGACUAAUGAAGACGUUGCAUGCCUGCUCGAGGAAGGCUCACAACGAGGUUUUCCUGGGUCUCACAAUGACCUUAAUGUUCUACAUCGUUCACCGAUUUUCGCACAACUUGCGGAGGGAAGAGCUUCACCGUGCAACUAUACUGUCAAUGGCCACGAGUAUAAUAUGGGAUACUAUCUCGCCGAUGGGAUUUACCCAGAGUGGUCCACAUUAGUGAAGACUAUUCCAGUACCUCAAGGAAACAAGCAUAAGUACUUUGCUCAACAAGAAAGCGCAAGAAAAGAUGUUGAGCGAGCUUUUGGCAUGUUGCAAGCUCGAUUUGCGAUUGUUCGUGGACGUUUCUGGCAACCUUGUGUGCUGAAAGAUAUCAUAACAGCUUGUAUCAUAAUGCAUAACAUGAUCGUUGAAGAUGAACGUGAUUGUCAAUUGGACAACAACUUCGACUUUACUGAUUCGGAGCAGCUAUCAUUACCAAUGUUAUCACGACUUGAAUCUCUUGCAGGUAAAGAGAAGAAACCAGUUUUUGGUGCUUAUGAAGUUAAUUUGAGGCAGAGAAACACCUCUUCAUCUAGUGGGAAGCUCGAGAAUAUCUCUUCUGACUCCGUGAUUGGUGUGCAUGCUGUCCAAGAUGGGAACCAUGAGAUUCAGCCUCUGUCAAGUAAUGAUCACCAUAGUGAAUCUGGUGAUGAUUCAAUUUCUGAUGAGGAGAAUGCUGUGCUCUCAAAGUUGUCUGCCAAUUAUGGAGCUGCUGCAGUUCAGACUAAUAGACGGCCCAAUUUGACAAGUCCAAAGCAACCUGAUGCAUGCACAUGGUCUGCUAUUAUUGAAGAAGCCCAUGAGUUGGCUACUGUGUCUAAAAAGACAGAAUAUUGUCCAAUUACUUCUGAAAUGUCUGAAGUGAGAGGAAUUCAUACAGGUGAUAAAGGAAGUUCCAGACCCAAGUUUUCUUUUCGUUCCCUGCCACAGAGAGGAAACAGUUCUGGGCAUACUGCACUAAAGGAUAGAAAUGAAAACCCUGUCAAAUAUGCGACUGAAGGCCCUACUUUAUUCAAUAAGUGCGAGCAUGGAACUGUGGGAGAUUUAGUAGCUGAAAUGUUUGAAAAUCUUCAUGAAGAAAGUGACAAGCUACCUAUGAAGGUUGCACCCUAUGAUCAAAGAAGUGAAGUACCUUCAGUGGCUGAACUGCUGGAAAAUUUGCAACAAAAGGAUGAGCCAUCUACGGGGCCUCCAAAUUUGUUGCCUCAGAAUAUUAAAGCCAAGGAAAGAAAGAUGCAAUAUGAUAGAAAGAGAAUAUUGCCUCAUCUGGGUGGUAGAAUUCUUGACAGUGAAGACUCCCCUGAAUUUUCAGGUGACGAGUCUAGUGAUGAUGAGCAUGAUAAUGAUCACAGGCAUUUAUAUGUUGCAACCCAAAAUGUUAAAGGACACACUAUGGCAGAUCUAUUUCAGGAAGCUUUCAGUAAAUCGGAAAUAGAGGCUUCCCCUUAUCCAACAGCUAAACAGACAGGGAUUGGAUAUCUUGGGAGGUUACAACAAGUAUUGCAGAUUGAAAAAGAUAGGCAUCUGCAAUUCUUAAAGCACUCACAAACAGUGAGAAGCCCUAAUGACUCAGAGUGCUUGGAUGUGCAAAUUUUGACAAGGUUUUUAGAGGCGAAGCUGACAGUUUGCCAAUGCUUACUUGGUGAAUACCCUAAUAAUUCCCAGUCUGAUAGGGCCACCAUCAAAUAUGCAGCUGUUGUGGGAAGCACGAAGAGGACAAUUAUUUUCAGUUCGAAGAUAUGUGAAAAUGUGGAGUUGGUAGUUGGAAACUUUGUUCGCAUCCACUCUCCAUGGUAUGACUUGAUAGAAUCAUGCUUUCUGUUUCCUUUCCAUUAG